AUGAAUCAGGAUAAUCAAUUUGAAGAAGUUGAAGAUAGAGGAAGUACAGAGGAGGAAUGGGAGCCGAAGCCUAGGAUGAAUGGGUUUGAAGUUAUUAUAAGAUCCUCAAGGAAAGGAGAUGAUGGAGAGGUGACAAACGCAACACUAGCUUGUUCUUGUACUGGGAAAUCGAGUAGUGACACCCGAAAUGCUUUUAAAUUGUACCCAGUGACAAAGACGGAUUGUAAGGCUCAGGUUGGUGCAGUUGUACGUGGUAAUGGAAAAUGGAAAAUAUGUUCAGUGGGGUUGAAUCAUAACCAUGAGCUCAGUAGCCCAACAAAAACUAGAUAUUUCAAGAACAAUCGUGGUAUACAACCAUACGUGAAAAGGAGACUUGUAGUAAAUGAUAGGGCCAGGAUUAGGCCGAAUAAAAAUUUCAAUUCCAUGUCAGUUGAAGCAGGCGGUCCUGAGAAUUUGACUUUCUUGCAAAAAGAUUGUAGGAACUAUAUUGAAAAAGUUAGGAGGAUGCGACUUGGUGCCGGGGACGCUUAUGCAAUCCAAAAAUAUUUUUUGAAGAUGCAAAAAGAUAAUGCAAAUUUCUUUUACAUGAUGGAUUUAGAUGAGGAGGGUCGAUUACAGAAUGUUAUAUGGGUGGAUGCAAGAAGUAGGGCUGCAUUUAAGGAAUUUGGCGACGUUGUCACAUUUGACACUACAUACUUGACCAACAAGUAUGAUAUGCCAUUUGCGGUGUUUGUUGGUGUUGACCAUCAUGGGCAUUCAACACUCUUAGGUUGUGGGUUAAUCUCCCAUGAGGACACGGAGACUUUUGUUUGGCUUUUUGAAUCUUGGCUUGCAUGUAUGUGGAAUUGUGCUCUAAAUGCAAUGAUCACUGAUCAAGACAAGGCGAUGUAA